GGACACGAUUUUACCCAACAGUUAAGAGGCAGAACCUCAAAACUUUCGUGAGAUGCAGCGACCAGCACUUUUAUUAGGAGGAAUGCAGAAAAUUUACAUUGGAAAGACCAGAUGUAUUGACAUUUGCAUGUUUAUUCACUGCAAAAGAUGGUGAAACAUUACUGCUGCACAUAUAAAUACUACUGUACUGUGGCACAUCUGCCUUCAAUUUUUCAGGUCAUUAUAUUUGUGUGCGCAAUGCUGGAGUGUUUCUUCCUGUGGACAAAUGUGGACGUAAAAACUAUUUGAACAAAUCCUACGUCUGGUUGGCUGUUUACUCCCUCAUAUACUUACACACGCAGAGAAUCAACUCCACUUCCAAAAUGGAAAAGUCUGCUGGGGGCUAAGCUUUCUUUGGCUCGUUUUUCAGCGUGAAACGUUUGCCCCUCGGAGGGACUGAAGACUUCUUUAACUUUGCACCGGAAACUGAAAGAUUCUCUUUCUCACACUGACAAGAUGUAAAGGAGAGGAUGCUGCAGCAUCAGUCCCAGUGGACUGUCGAUGAACUUCAGAAUCACCUGCAUAAUCAGCAGUGACCUCAUGGAGACAGACUCCGCCCAUAACCUGACUUCACCCGAUCUGUCAUCGCUGCUGCAUAAUAUGACGAAUUCAUGUGACUACAUGUCUUCCUCAACCUCGCAGUACCAGAAGAAAGUGAUCCCCGCCUUCUACAGCCUCAUCUUCUUACUGGGUUUUUUUGGUAACAUUCUGGUGUUGUGCGUGCUGUAUCACAGUUCGGGCCGAAGAACCAUAGCCAACACGUAUCUGAUGAAUCUAGCCAUGUCGGACUUGCUGUUCCUGAGCUCUUUGCCAUUCUGGGCCGUGUAUUAUUCACUGGAUUACAACUGGGUUUUUGGGAAGAUUAUGUGCAAGCUGUGUGGUGGUUUGGUCACUAUAAACGUCUAUGCUAGUAUCUUUUUCAUCACCUGCAUGAGUGUGGAUCGAUAUCACGCCAUUGUCUAUCCCCUGCACUCUCAGAGCAGUAGGAGCAUCCACCGGGCCAGAUGUGUCAGCGCCAUCAUUUGGGUCGUUGCGGCUCUGACCACGCUGCCGACAGUUGUGUUCCGCGACAUACACACUCUUCCCAGUUACAACGUCACGGCUUGUGUCAUUUAUUACCCUAGCUCCAUCUGGCAAACCGGGUUAACUCUUGCAAAGAACAUCCUUGGAUUCUUCUUGCCGUUUGUUGUCAUAGCUACUUGCUACAGUCUAAUAGCCGUGCACCUUUUGGCCACCCCGAACCACCUGGAGCAAGACUCUGGCCGAUUGCUCCACGUGUUGCGUUUGGUGGUCGCCGUGGUAGUGGCGUUUUUCUUUUGCUGGUUCCCAUUCCACGUGCUGGCAUUUCUCGGAGCUCUGGUAGAGCUGGGGGUGGAGUGGGAUUGUUGGAUGCUCCAAGUAAUGCAUAAACUCCUGCCAUUCUUCCUCUGCCUCGGCUUUUCCAACUCUGCCAUAAACCCUUUCCUGUACUGUUUUGUGGGAAAUCACUUCCGGGAGAAGCUGUGGCAGCUUUACGGGGGUAUGCUGACACAGAAAAGAGAUUCUAUCAGCACAAGACUGUCUUCCUUCUCCAGGAAACUGAGUGACUUCAGAGAAACCGUACCAAUGGAGAUUCUUGAGCAGCAGAGCAGCCCAUAGCUUGUAAAGGUUAGCUUUACGAGAUUUCACUAUCAUUACAAUCUACUGAGGACCAUGGCCCUGUACCAAAUGGCACACUUUAUAUCGAGAACACCCCCUUUGUGGUCGAUAUGCGCCCUCGAUGAGCACUUUUUCCAAGCCCACACUGAAGCGGGCUCUGCAGCAAACUUCUUCCCAACAGUCAAAGCGGCGUUAUGUCACGGAAGUUAUGGGUGCCAUUUGGGACAGGGCCUAUAUGUCAACAGUCGGCAUCAGUCAAGUGCAUUUCCAUGACCUGCCACUUGUUCAGGGUGAUCAGGUCAGAUGAUGUUGGUGGAUUGAUUACCUUAUUUCUAAUUAUGCAGGGGUUGUGAUUAGCCCAACCAUCUUCAAAUAACAUUUGGUUACAAAAUAAAAUGUAGAAAUAUAGCCCAAAUAUUUUUUCUUGUGUUGUUCAGACUCUAUCCAGGAUGAAGAACUUCCUGAUUUUCCUGCACAAAUCAUAGAUGGUAAAAAAAAAUUCAAUAUAGCUAUGCAUAUUAUGUUGCUAACUGGUAAUAUCAGAGUUCUAAAUAACAUUCAAAUGUUAUAUGGCUUUCAUUAUAUGGGCAAUAUCUGCCAGAAAUACCCAACUUUUAUCUUUAAGCUGUAAUAUAAAAUUUCACUGUAAUGUAACAUGAGCUGUUUAAGCCUUCUUGCUUAGGCCUACUGUAUCAAUGUCUUGUGUGUCACUUAUCUUAAAAGUAUAUGCUUGAGUUAACAGACUAGAACAGAUGUAAAUCGACACACCUUUCAAGUCAUGUUGGGUCAUCUGAAACACAUGCUGGAGUAAUGAACAUACUUACAGUAAAAGCAGUUCUUCUGGAACGAAUCUAAAAGAACCCACUUAACAUUUAGUGAUAGUAUUCCUUCUGUCGCUGAGAGUUUUAGCAGUAGUUCAGUGGAGAUUAUUUGUAGCUCAUAUUUAACUUAAUUCAGUUUAAAACACCCUCGCUGCACACAUUUCCUUUAAUGUCUUUUUCUCACAUUUCAGAAAUCCUGUUGUCUUGGUUAUUUGAAUACUUGUCAUUCGUCAUUUUCUAAACCUCCCAUCAAUUAAAUAUUCAGACAUCAGUUCUCCUCUGCUAAUACUUAGUUGAAUUUCAAUUUAUUUAUAAAGACAAAAUCAAGAUUCUGGAACUUUUUUUGUUGAAGUUAAAUGGAUGAAAAUGUUUGUAUAUCAAAAUCCUUCCUACCAAACAGAUGCACUUCUGAGAUGUAAUGUUAUGUCUGAAAGCAGUAAAACAGGCUUGAAACUAUAGAUUCAUUAUUCACAAGAAACAUGAGGAGGAUGUUUUAGACAGAUAAAAAUGUUGACAGAUAAGAGAAACCAGGGUGUUGCAUAAUAGUUAAGAAUCUGGACCGUUUGGUGCAAAGGUUUCAGGUACAGAUUUCCAAACUCUAAAAUCUCAAAUGUUGUGACUCACUAUUAUAGACCCUCUUUACAGCAACAUGUAAAAUAUGCACCUAUAGAUAUAUUGUUCUUGUAAAUGUGUAAAGUUUCACUCAAAUGUAUUUUAUAUAUUAUUAUUCAUUUAACAUCUGACUGUGGUAUUAAGUAUGUGA